GUGUCAAGCAAUCUUUUCAUCAGAUUCUGUCCUUUUCUCCUCUGUGUGCUUUGGGCGCCUGUGUAAAAGGUCACUCGUUGCGAUCGUCAUAAUCUGCAUUCGUUACAACAGCAGCAACAACCACAAGCACACCCAACUACUACGUCUAUCAAUCAAUCUAUCUAUCUAGCUAACGGUACCACCAUGGAUGAUUCUGAAUUGGAAUACGAGACCAUCUUUUCGGUGAUUGACAGUUGGGAGCAGUUGCGCCGCGUCAAGGACUAUCAGAAUGUGGCUGGAAGUUGUCUGUUUGUCAAGCUGUUUGAGAAAUGUCCUCCCGCAAAGGUGCUGUUUGGAUUCCCCAUCGAUAUGGAUCCACAAUCGGAAGAAGUCGGCAAGAGCAAACGAUUCCAAACCCAUUCUCGUUAUAUGAUUCAAAUGCUCGAUCGGGCCUUGGGUUUGUUGGGACCCGAUGAAGAGCUGCUCCUGGAAAUUUUGGAGCGGUUGGGCAAGACGCAUGCUCGAAUUGGAGUUCAUCCUCAAUACUUUCCCUUUAUGGAAGAAGCGCUCCUGGAAACACUCCAAGAAUGUCUUGGCAGCAACUCAUUUACUCCUGAACUCGAGCACAAUUGGAAACUGGUCUACGCCGUCUUGUCCGGCAACAUUAUCAAGGCCAUGAAUGGCGAACAGCUCGUACUCGAGAGCUGGGCCAAGCUCUCCAAAAUGGAAAACUACGAAGAAGAAGCCGGAAAGCUCUUGUUUCAAGAAAUGUUUCGACAAUGCCCCGAAAGCAAAACGCUCUUUGGUUUCCCCAUUGACAUGGAUAUCGAUUCCGACGCCAUUCUCCGCAGUCGACGAUUCAAAACCCAUUCCAAGUACUUUAUCGAAAUGCUAGACCGUGCCUUGAAAAUGGUCAAGGCACAAGAAAUGGAUCAGCACAUGAAGCAAUUGGGAGAAUUGCAUGCCGAAUUUGGUGUCAAGCCAGAGUUCUUUCCCAUUAUGGGAGAUGCGCUAUUCAUGACUUUGAAAACAUUACUAGAGGAAGAUUGGAAUGACGAUCUCAAGGGGGCAUGGGGGGACUUCUACGGGAGACUCUCCUCGCAAAUGAUUGCGGCCAUCAAGGCCAGCAAAAACACCAAGCAAUAAACUGGCUGCGGAAAAGAGAAGAAAACAGCCAUCGGUCUACCAAGCCAACCAGCAGUGCAGUACCGUACCAACACGAAUUUCAUUGUUAGCAUCGACCAACCAACCAUGCAGACCCUCAGAAAACGCUUUGCAGCUCAAGUUAGUUACAUUGAUUUCCAUAGUUUUGCAUAAUAUUUUC